AUGAGCGGACGCGGAAAGGGCGGAAAGGGUCUUGGAAAGGGCGGUGCCAAGCGUCACCGAAAGAUUCUUCGUGACAACAUUCAGGGCAUUACCAAACCUGCCAUUCGACGUCUCGCGCGUCGAGGUGGUGUUAAGCGUAUCUCGGCCAUGAUCUAUGACGAGACACGCGGCGUGUUGAAGUCUUUCCUAGAAGGCGUCAUUCGUGAUGCGGUCACCUAUACAGAGCAUGCGAAGCGGAAGACCGUAACGUCGCUUGAUGUUGUUUACGCAUUGAAGCGACAGGGUCGUACUCUUUAUGGCUUCGGUGGUUAG